GCGGAGGGCUAGAUUGGCCGACUGAAUAAACAAACGAGAGAGGGGAGGGGAGAAAAGGGGAAUUCCUCUUCGCCCUUUUCCUGUUCGGAGCAUCUUGCGCUGCGCAGCUUUAGCGACACCGCCGGGAAGCUGUGCGCAUAUUUUCUAUCCGUGUGGGGAGCACCGGAGGCGGAGGUUUGUGAGCAGAUCCACGGACAGCUGGGGCUUCUCCUCCUAAUAUGAAAGCAGUUUUGCCCUGAUGCACGGAUGCGGGAGGAAAUACGACUCACGGGGUGCUGAUUUCCAUUUUGCAGUUACAACAAGUCUUCGUUUUUGCGCGAUCCGAGAGGCCUCGCAUACACCUCAUCUUUCUGCAGUCCUAUAUUUGAACAAAAUAGCGGCUGCAGGCUGAAAAACGGGCUUUCAGUGUUCGCCGAGUGUUACAUAACCGAGUGGCUUUAGCUGUCCAAGGUGCUGAACUGAGCAGUCAAACCUCAAAACGAGGACGAGCUGUGGGGGAUACACAACCUUGCCACGCACAGAAGGUCAAAGGCCUGUAAAGCGCUGGAUCCCACCUCGGUUUGCAGAAGGGGGAAAACGCUGGGCUAUAUUGUUCACAUUUUUGCUCCACGUCGUCCCUCGGGGAGAAAUUAGUUUCUGCGGUGGUUGAUUGAGCGGAGAGGGAAAAUGUCGGGGCAGACGCUCACGGAUCGCAUUGCCGCUGCGCAGUACCAGCUAACGGGAUCAGAUAUGGCCCGAGCUGUCUGCAAAGCCACCACUCACGAAGUGAUGGCGCCCAAGAAGAAGCACCUGGAAUACCUGGUGUCAGCCACCAACACCACCAAUGUAAACAUCCCUCAGAUGGCUGACACGCUGUUUGAGCGAUCCACCAAUGCCAGCUGGGUGGUCGUCUUCAAGGCCCUCGUCACCACUCAUCACAUAUGCGUCCAUGGCAACGAGAGGUUCAUUCAGUAUUUGGCUUCCAGGACCUCCUUGUUCAACCUCAGUAAUUUCAUUGACAAAACUGGCUCUCAUGGCUAUGACAUGUCUACAUUUAUCAGGCGGUAUGCACGCUACCUGAAUGAGAAGGCCUUCGCUUACCGCCAAAUGGCUUUUGACUUCACCAGGGUCAAGAAAGGUGCUGAGGGAGUGAUGAGAACCAUGACCACUGAGAAGCUGCUGAAAGGCAUGCCUGUUCUGCAGACUCAGAUUGACACACUCCUGGAGUUUGAUGUUCAUCCGAAGGAGCUGAACAAUGGGAUCAUCAAUGCUGCCUUCUUGCUUCUUUUCAAAGAUCUGGUGAAGCUGUUUGCAUCCUAUAACGAUGGAGUCAUCAACCUGUUAGAGAAAUUCUUCAAAAUGAAAAAAAGUGAUUGUAAGGAGGCCUUGGAGAUUUAUAAGAGGUUCCUGACCAGGGUGACAAAAAUUGGGGAAUUUAUGAAGCUGGCUGAGACAGUUGGAGUGGACAAAAAUGACAUCCCUGACAUCAACUAUGCUCCCAGCAGUAUCCUGGAGUCUCUGGAAACACACAUGAAUGGUCUGGAGGAUGUAAAAGGUGGAAAGAAAGGUGAAGGGUCUCCAACAAAGGGGUCUCCAACAAACAAUGUGUCUCCAACGUCGACUCCAGCCAAAUCCUCAAAUGCCGUUCCUACACUGCAGCCGCCUCCUGGGGACAGUGCUGCUGCUGCCGCCGCUGCGCCUGAACCAGCUGAAGAUUCUUUGUUGGACCUGGAUCCUCUGGCCUCCACUGGUCCCUCAGCACCAUCAGGUGGAACAACAUCUUGGGGAGAUCUGCUUGGAUCAGAAAUGGGUGAUUCCAUGCUCUCUGAAACCCCACUCGCCGCAGAGGCUGCCCCCUCCCCUGCAGCAGCAGCGCCCACUCCUGCAGCGGCAGAACCCAACGUCUCUCUAGCUCCUCCUACUAGCACACCAGCUGCCACUUCCCCUGGUGCCACCAAUAUGGAUCUGUUGGGAGAUGCCUUUGCUACACCUGCUCCUUCUACUGAGGCCACUGCUGCAGCAGAGGGUGGGGCUGCUGCUUCGUCCACGCCAGUCACUAACUCUGGAGCUGACCCUUUUGCCUCGUCGGAUGGCAAUACCAACGCUACAUCUUCAGGUCUAGAUCUUUUUGGGAUGAUGACAGUGGAGAACAAUAGCUCACUGGACGUCUGUUUUAGCUCUAUGGAGACUCAGCCCUCCCCUUCCCCAUCCCCUUCACCGCUCUUCAUCUCCACAUCCACCACCAUCACCACCACUGCAACCAUUUCAGCCACCGACAUCACCAGCCCUUCGACGGACCUUUUUGGUGCCGAUUUGUUCAGCUCCCCUGCACCCACCCUCUCCUCUGCACCACCAUCCAAAAUUGACACAGGAGGCAUCAUGAGCUUGUUUGGUGAGUCCACAGGAGGGGAUGCCCCAGCUGCUGCUGCUGCUGCUCCUGCUGCUGCCGCUCCAGGUUCUGAGCUCAUGUCAGUAUUUGAUGGGCUAGGCGACAUAAUGAAGCCCACAGUGACCCCUCAAGCGGGUGAUGUUGACACCUCUAUGGCUAACAUGGCAAGUAACCUCACAAUGGGAACUGCAGCGGCUCCUCAGGUAGCUCCCCCCAGUUGGGGUGCACCCAUGGCUGGGGCACCAGUUGCAGGAGCACCCAUGAUGCCCAUGGCCAGGCCAGGCUUCCCUGCUGCAGGAGUCAACCCAGGAGCACCGAUGUCUCCUGGAAUGGCCCAAAGCCCUAGAAAGCCCGCACCACCAAGGAAUGCUCUGGAUGAUCUGAAUAUUAAGGACUUCAUGUAGACUGCCUGACCCAUAAACCCCAAGGUUUGUCAUUGUGUCUGGAACUCUGUGGAUAUGGAUGUCUGCCCCCCCACCCCUGCCCCACUCCACGCCUCUUCUUCAGCCAGCCAGCCAUCAUCUCUUCAGUCUUUACCCUCUAACCUUCCACCAGCCUUGACUUGUAACAAACCUGCCCUCCUUAUCUAAUGUUGUAGCACAACUGUGAAUAUGAACCCUAGAUACAGAAAACCAGUUAUGUUUCAAUGUGUGUGAGUGUGUGUAUUUCAAUGUUAACCUUUACUUAAUAUACUAUGAAAAAAUAAAUGACCCCAAAAAAAUCAAUAAAUGUGUAUUUAGACUCAUUCAGCAUAUCAGCUGACUUGGAAUGGUGGAAAUAUGUUGGUUUCUUUUUGCACCACCCAGAGAAGGACUGUGUUCAAAGUUAAAUGUGGACUGUGUUCAGUGUAGCUUCACACUCCAGCUCCUCUGUCUCUCUUCUCUGCCCCUGAUGUCCAAAUGAGUACUGAGCAUUGUUCUAUGUCAUUAUUAACUUGCUUAUGCCCACAUUAGCUUGGGGAUUCAUCCACCCAUCUUUCAACCCCAUGCUUUUGAAAAAAAAAAAAAAUACAAGACAAAAGCACCAUAACUCAACGUGCACUGUUCUUCCGGACUUAUAAUUGAACACAUCAGCCCUCUGUUUUACUUUGUUUCCUUUGUUUUGACCUUGUAUGAAACAUGCAAAAAAUCAUGAACUGUUCAAAUUGACAUAUGCAUUUUAGACUACUUUAAAUGACAGAAUUUACAUAUUUUCAGUGAUCUUUAUUGUUAAAAAGUAUAUAUAAAUAUAUAUAUUUAUUUAGUUACUUUAAAUUAAAGAAAAAGAGCAAGUUUGCGUAAAUUUCCCCAGUUUCUUUGUUCAUACUUCUCUGUAAAAAGAGAUGGUUUUGAAUAGAGUGUGUUCUGUGGCGCCCCUUGUUGGUAUGAAGUGAAUCUGCAUUAAAGCAUGCAACAGGCCAAUCUGGGAUGCAUUUUAAUAAUCUCGGUGACCUUAUUUCUUUGUCUUGGGCUUAACACAAGUGAAAGACACAGUGGGAUUGUAAUGGGGUCUUAGCUCUUUUUGGGUCAUUUCUGAUGCAGCAGUAAUCGGUGCGUCUGCUCACGUGCAGCCUCUGGGUCCUACAGGCAUACUGUAAAACAGUUGUGUUCACUGGAUGUUUCUCUGUGUUACUUACUUUAAAAAAAGGUGACUGUAUUUUAAUCCAUUGUGGCAUUAAGUGGUAUUAACUGUUGGAAGAAAAAUAAAAGACAAGUAUGACACAUUAAAAA